AUGGGGGCGUCGGGGCUGCUGCGGGUGGCGCUGGAGUGCGAGAAGAAGCCGGCGGCGGCCGGGGAGAGGAGCAGUAGUAGUCCGCGGCUGCUGGAGGAGCCGGUGUGGUCGGCGACGAUCAACGGGCGGAGCGUGGGGUACGCGGCGCGGCGGGAGGCGACGGAGUCGGACGUGCGGGUGAUGCAGCUGCUGCACGCGGUGUCGAUGGGCGCCGGCGUGCUGCCGGCCGACAUGACCGACCCGGCCGACGGCGAGCUGACCUACAUGCGCGCCUACUUCGACCGCGUCGUCGGCUCCAGAGACUCCGAGACCUUCUACAUGCUCAACCCCGACGGCAACAACGGCCCCGAGCUCACCAUCUUCUUCGUUAGGAUCUAAAUUCAACUAAUUAACCCUAAUUAAUUAAUUAAUUAACUUCUUCUUCCUUAAUUUUUUUCUUUAAUU